AUGUCGCAGAAGGAUCUAUCGCAGUAUGAACUGCAAAGUUACACUUCCAACAACCGCUCCUCAGCGAGCGAGAUGAAUAAGGGCAGCGAUGCAAAGGAGAAGGUCGAUGUCAUCUCUUCCUCUGGAAGUCUGUCCAAACGCAAGCGAAUUAAUAGGAGUAGAGCCAACUCCAACAGUGACCUUGAAGGCAGCGCUGCUGAUGGAACAGCCAGGGCAAGAGACAUUGACAACGCUGACGUGGAUGACGACGACUACUACAUGGACGAAGGUGUCGUCAAGGAAGCUGAAGUCAAACGUCAGUUGAAACAGAGACACAUUGGGAUGAUCGCUCUGGGGGGCACAAUCGGUACAGGUCUGUUCAUCGGUAUCGCCACUCCUCUAGGGAAUGCAGGCCCCGUCGGCGCUCUGAUCGCAUAUCUAUUUAUGGCUACCAUUGUCUUCUCAGUGACACAGUCCCUAGGGGAAAUGGCUACGUUUAUUCCGGUCACUUCCAGUUUCACCGUCUUCUCAUCCAGAUUCUUAUCCCCAGCUAUUGGCGCUGCUAAUGGAUACAUGUACUGGUUCUCUUGGGCCGUCACUUUUGCUUUAGAGCUGUCCGUCGUGGGUCAGAUCAUCCAGUUCUGGACACACGCCGUCCCUCUAUCAGCUUGGAUCGUCAUCUGGUGGGUUAUUCUAACUAUUAUGAACUUGUUCCCAGUCAAAUUCUACGGGGAAUUCGAGUUCUGGGUCGCUUCCAUCAAAGUCCUCGCAAUCAUUGGUUUCCUAAUCUAUUGUCUGUGCAUGGUCUGUGGUGCUGGUGUUACUGGGCCAGUUGGUUUCCGUUAUUGGAGGAACCCAGGUCCAUGGGGUCCAGGUAUCAUUUCGAAGGAUGUCAACGAGGGUAGAUUUCUAGGUUGGGUUUCUUCCUUGAUUAACGCUGCUUUCACUUACCAAGGCACCGAAUUGGUCGGUAUCACUGCCGGUGAAGCAGCUAAUCCAAGAAAGACCGUUCCAAGAGCAAUCAAGAAAGUUACAUUCCGUAUUCUGAUCUUCUACAUCCUAUCUCUGUUCUUUAUUGGUCUAUUGGUUCCAUACGAUGACGAAAAGUUGACCAGUACAGACUCAUACAUAUCAGCUUCCCCAUUUAUUAUUGCUAUAGAGAACUCCGGUACAAAAAUCCUGCCACAUAUCUUCAAUGCCGUCAUUUUAUCGACUAUAAUAUCAGCAGGUAACUCCAACGUCUAUGUUGGUUCCAGAAUCUUAUUCGGCUUGGCCAAGACAAAGUUGGCACCUAAAUGGUUUGGUUACACCAGCAGAGGUGGUGUCCCAUACUACUCUGUAUUCUUCACAUCUUCCUUCGGUGCAUUGGCGUUUCUGGAAGUUUCCUCUGGUGGUGCAAAAGCUUUCAACUGGUUAUUGAACAUUAUUUCUGUCGCUGGUUUCUUUGCUUGGUUAUUGAUAUCCAUUGCACAUGUCAGGUUCAUGCAGGCAUUAAAGCAUCGUGGUAUCUCUAGAGACGACUUACCAUUCAAAGCCAGGUUCAUGCCUCAUCUAGCAUACUAUUCGAUCUUCUUCAUGACGAUCAUUAUUAUCAUUCAAGGUUUUACAGCAUUUGCCCCAACAUUCAACGGAUCGGAUUUCGUUGCUGCUUACAUCUCCAUCUUCCUUUUCUUCUUCUUGUGGCUCUGUUUCCAACUGUAUUUCAGAUCGAAACUACUAUGGACAGUCGAAGAAGUUGAUAUCGACACCGACAGAAGAGAUGUCGACGCAAUUAUUUGGGAGGAUUCUGGACCAAAGACAUUCUGGGACAAGUUCUGGGAUGUAGUAGCAUAA